AUGAAAAGAGGCCAGAAGAAGCACUUGUACAAGCUGAAAGGCAGCAACCGGCAGCACCACAACUAUCAAUUGGACACAAAGCUGAUGAGCUGCCCCCCCCCACACUUUGGCUCCCAAGGCUGGCGCAACCAGAGCUCCCCCGCAACGAAGCACCCCAGCCACUGCAUUGGCGUGGCGCAUCAGGCCCCAGCCCAAGGAGCAGCGGACCCGGCCCAGCGGAGCAGCGGACCCGGCCCAGCGGAGCAGCGGACCCGGCCCAGCGGAGCAGCGGACCCGGCCCAGCGGAUCCAGCUCAGGGGAGCACUGUAUAUAACGCCAGACGAGCUGAGUACUUACAGGGACGUGAACAAGCUGCCCCAGACUCUGUGUGUGUGCGUGCGCGUGAGACCGGCGCCUGAUUGCUUGCUCUCUCAGCAGCUACCCUGGUGUGGCGCACCAAGCCCCAGUGGAGCAGCAGACCCGGCCCAGCAGAGCGGAGCAGUGCGCCAGGCCCAGCCCGAGCCCCAGCAGAGCGGAGCAGCGCGCGCCAGGCCCAGCCCGAGCCCCAGCAGAGCGGAGCAGCGCGCGCCAGGCCCAGCAGAGAGCGGCCCCAGCAGAGAGCGGCCCCAGCAGAGAGCGGCCCCAGCAGAGAGCGGCCCCAGCAGAGAGCGGCCCCAGCAGAGAGCGGCCCCAGCAGAGAGCGGCCCCAGCAGAGAGCGGCCCCCUUAA